UUAACAGAACUUAACCUAAAGAGGACAAAAAAGAUAACGCUUCCUUUUAAAAAAACAUCAAAGAGUGAUGGCCAACACCAUCAUCGAAAAGCCAUAAGGCCUCGAGAAGACGGGGUGGCUUUGAGAACACUACUUGAUGCUCCAGCUGAUCUUGUUGCUGUAUUUAACGCGGCAGUUGUUGGCGUUGUGUUAUCUGAUGCGGUUGCUGUUGAUGUUGCUGAGACACGUGAAACAGCCGAUUGCGUUGUUGAAUCUGAUACAGCAAUCGAAAUACUUGGUGUAGCAGCUGAUGGUUUUGUUGAACUUGAUGCAGCAAAUGCUUGUGUUGUUGUUUCUGGCACAACAGUGGUUGGUGUUCUUGAAUCUGAUGGCGGAGGAGCUGGUGUCGUUCGUGCUCUUGAAUCUGAUGAAACAGAUGUUAGUAAUACUGUUGAUGAUACACCGACUGAUGGUGUCGUUGAAUCAACUGGAAAAGAUGUUGGCGUUGAUAUUUUAGGCAAAUCAAGCGGAGUUGUCAUGGAAUCCGAUGAAGGAGAUGUUGAUGUUGUAAUUGUUGUUGUUGUUUCUGAAACGACAGACGAUGAUAUCGAUGUGACUGAGUCCGACAGAAGAGGUGUUAUUGAUGUCGCAUUUAUCAUAACAGUUGGUGAGGCUGUUGAAUCCACUUGAGCAGACAUUGCAGUUGUUUCUGGCACAACCAGUGAUGUUGUUGUUGAACUUGAUGUAGUAGAUAUUAAUGUCGUUGUCUCUGGCACAACAGUUGAUUUUGCUUUUGAGUCCGGAGGAAAAGUUACUGUUAUUGAUGUUUCUGGCACCACAGCUGAUGGAGUUGUUGAAUCUAAUGGAACUGGUUUUGAUAUUGUUGAAUUUGGAACAACAGCCGAGGAUGUUACUGAAGCUGACGGAACAGAUGUUUGUUUUGAUGAGGCAAACGUUGGUGUUGCUGUGGCUAGCAGAUUAGUUGAUGCUGUUGAAUCUUCUGGAACAGAUAUUGGUGUUGCCAUUUUUGGCACAAUAACUGAUGAUGUCAUUGAACGGGAUGGGGCAGAUGGUAGCAUUGUUUUUUGUAGCACAACAGGUGAUGAUGUCAUUGAAUCUGAUGGAACAGCCACUGAAGUUGUUGUUUUUGACAGAAAAGAUGAUGUUGGUGAUGAAUCCAAUAAAACAGAUGUUUGUGUGGUUAUUUCUGAAAAAACUGAUAAUUGUGCCGAUGAAUCAACUAGAGCAGAUAUUGGUGUUGUUGUUUCUGAAAUAACAGGUGACUUUGUUGAUGACUCAACUGGAAAAGAUGAUCCUGUCGUUGUUUCUGUCACCACAGCUGACGGUGUUGUUAUUUUUAAAACAGCAAGAGAUGUUGUUUUUGAAUCAACUGGAACGGAUAUUGGUGUGGUUUUUUGUGGAACUAAAGGUGAUGGAGUAGUUGAAUUUGAUGGAAUAAGUGUCGACGUUUUUGUUUCUGACACCGCAGCUGAUGGCGUUGUUGAGUCAGCUGGAACAGACUUUGGUGUUAUUGUACCUGUCAUCAUGGCGGAUGAUGUUGUUGAAACAACUGGGAUUGGUGAUGCUGUUGUUUCUGGCACUGCAGGUGAUGGUGAAGUUGAAUUUGAUGGAACAGAUGUUUGUGUUUUGGUUUUUGAAACGUUCAUCGGUAUUGUUGAAUUUACAGAAAGGGAUGUAAGAGUUGUUGUUGAAGGAGUUAUCGAAUCUGGUUGUGUAAAUGAUGGGGUCAUUGUUCCUGAAGCCACAGCUAAUGGUGAUGUUGAAUUGGAUGUUUGUCUUGUUGUUUGUUGCUCGACAGAAGGAUUAUUUGUUGACGUUGUUGAACCAGGCACAAUAGCCGAAAUUGUUGUUGAAUUAAUUGGUAGAGGUAUUGGUGUUGUUGUUCCUGGCAAAACAGGUGGUGAUGUAGUUGCGUCAUCUGAACCAGAUGUUGACGUUGUUAUGUUAGGCAUAACAGCUGAUGGUGUUGUUGAGGCUGCUGGAACAGAGGUCAGUGUUGCAACUUUUGGUACAACAGUUGCAGGUGUUGUUGAAUUUACUUGAACAGAAGUUGAGAUUGAUGUAUCCGGCACGGCAGGUGAUUUUGUUUUAGCCACAGCUAAUGGUGAUGUUGAAUUGGAUGUUUGCCUUGUUGUUUGUUGCUCGACAGAAGGAUUAUUUGUUGACGUUGUUGAACCAGGCACAAUAGCCGAAAUUGUUGUUGAAUUAAUUGGUAGAGGUAUUGGUGUUGUUGUUCCUGGCAAAACAGGUGGUGAUGUAGUUGCGUUAUCUGAACCAGAUGUUGACGUUGUUAUGUUAGGCAUAACAGCUGAUGGUGUUGUUGAGGCUGCUGGAACAGAGGUCAGUGUUGCAACUUUUGGUACAACAGUUGAAGGUGUUGUUGAAUUUACUUGAACAGAAGUUGAGAUUGAUGUAUCCGGCACGGCAGGUGAUUUUGUUUUAGCCACAGCUAAUGGUGAUGUUGAAUUGGAUGUUUGUCUUGUUGUUUGUUGCUCGACAGAAGGAUUAUUUGUUGACGUUGUUGAACCAGGCACAAUAGCCGAAAUUGUUGUUGAAUUAAUUGGUAGAGGUGUUGGUGUUGUUGUUCCUGGCAAAACAGGUGGUGAUGUAGUUGCCUCAUCUGAACCAGAUGUUGACGUUGUUAUGUUAGGCAUAACAGCUGAUGGUGUUGUUGAGGCUGCUGGAACAGAGGUCAGUGUUGCAACUUUUGGUACAACAGUUGAAGGUGUUGUUGAAUUUACUUGAACAGAAGUUGAGAUUGAUGUAUCCGGCACGGCAGGUGAUUUUGUUUUAGCCACAGCUAAUGGUGAUGUUGAAUUGGAUGUUUGUCUUGUUGUUUGUUGCUCGACAGAAGGAUUAUUUGUUGACGUUGUUGAACCAGGCACAAUAGCCGAAAUUGUUGUUGAAUUAAUUGGUAGAGGUGUUGGUGUUGUUGUUCCUGGCAAAACAGGUGGUGAUGUAGUUGCGUCAUCUGAACCAGAUGUUGACGUUGUUAUGUUAGGCAUAACAGCUGAUGGUGUUGUUGAGGCUGCUGGAACAGAGGUCAGUGUUGCAACUUUUGGUACAACAGUUGCAGGUGUUGUUGAAUUUACUUGAACAGAAGUUGAGAUUGAUGUAUCCGGCACGGCAGGUGAUUUUGUUUUAGCCACAGCUAAUGGUGAUGUUGAAUUGGAUGUUUGCCUUGUUGUUUGUUGCUCGACAGAAGGAUUAUUUGUUGACGUUGUUGAACCAGGCACAAUAGCCGAAAUUGUUGUUGAAUUAAUUGGUAGAGGUAUUGGUGUUGUUGUUCCUGGCAAAACAGGUGGUGAUGUAGUUGCGUCAUCUGAACCAGAUGUUGACGUUGUUAUGUUAGGCAUAACAGCUGAUGGUGUUGUUGAGGCUGCUGGAACAGAGGUCAGUGUUGCAACUUUUGGUACAACAGUUGAAGGUGUUGUUGAAUUUACUUGAACAGAAGUUGAGAUUGAUGUAUCCGGCACGGUAGGUGAUUGUGUUUUUGAAUCAGAAAUAAUGUAGGUUGUUGUUGCUGCUGAAGUUGUCGGGUCAAGUGAUGGUGUUGCUGAAUCUACUGGGGCAGAUGUUUGUGAUGUGCUUUCUUGCACAACAGGUGAUGGUGUUGUCGAAUCAACAGGAAAAGAUGUUGGUUUUUUUAUUUCUGGCACAACAGUUGAUGUUGUCAAACCCACUGUAGCAGAUGUGGAUAUUGUUUUUUCUAGCACAACAGCUGAUGAUGUUGUUGAAUUAACUGAAGCAGGUGUUGUUGAUCUUGUUUCUGACGCAGCAGGUAAUGGUGUCGUUGAAUCUAAUGGAACGCUUGUCAGCACAGCUGAUGGUGUGGUACUCGAAGGCACAGAUGUUGGUGUUGUCGUCUUUGGCACAGCAUCAGAUAAUACUGUUGAAGCUGAUGAACCUUGUCUUGGUGUGGCUGUUCUUGAUAGAUAA